AUGGAUGAACAUUGUGUAAGGAAACCAGAGCAGACGAUGAUUUCGGCGGAGGAAGCUCUCGAUAUAGUGUUGAGAGUGGCUCAGCGUCUGCCACCAGUGACUUUGCCACUUCACGAAGCUCUAGGCAAGAUCUUGGCCGAGGACAUUAGAGCCCCUGACCCUCUUCCUCCUUACCCUGCUUCAGUCAAGGAUGGCUAUGCUGUAGUUGCCUUAGAUGGGCAUGGUGAAUAUCCCAUUAUUGUUGAAUCCAGAGCCGGAAAUGAUGGAGUUGGUGUGACCAUAACUCCUGGAACUGUUGCCUAUGUGACUACUGGAGGCAAGUCGAUUAUAUUCAAUUUGUAUACUUGUUGGGAGACUAUCUCAGUAGUGGAUAUAUGGGUGAUGCGUGGUUGCGAUGGAGCAAAAGUGGAUGGUAGUGCAUUGGUGUUGUGGGGUGGAACAAUGAUGGAAGGUGAUUGGGUGUUGCAAGGCAAAGGAAAGGGUGAUUGUGGUGUUGGGUCUGGUGCUUUUGGUGGUUGGGUGACGCUGGAGUGGAUAAGUGAUGUUGCAGCUGUCAUGGUAGUGGCCAUGGUGGUUGAGGUUUCUGUUGGGCAGGGAGGGAGGAGAAGUUGUAGGGGUGCUAUGGAUGGUGAUUUAUUGGCUCAAUGUAGCUGCGGCUGUCGUGGUAGUGGCCAUGGUGGUGGGGGUUUUUGUUGGGCAGUGAAGGGGGAGAGUGGGAGGCCGGGUAGGUGGGCAAAGAAGAUGAAAUAG